GGCGUGGCAGCGGGGAAGGCCGAUUUAGGUCUUUCGGGCCCUGUCAUGGCGCCGCCAUGUCUCUUCUUCCGACCACAGGCUGUCAUGGCGGCUCCCUGAGAAACCACUUCCGGACCCAGCUUUCUCGGUUGCCCUGGUGCUUCCUACUGCCAGGUCUACCAUGGCGGCGAUUAGGGUUCACCGGAAGUAAUACAUCGGAAGUGAGGCGGUGCCUUUGCCCGGAAACGAGCGCGGCUCUGGGAAAGAUGGCGGCGGUGGGCAACACGGUGCCCUGCGGGGCCGGGUCUUGUGGGGCCCGGCCCGAUGGGCAGCCCAAACCCGGGCUGCAGCCGCGCGCACUCCUUGCUGCCGGGCCAGCGCUCAUAGCAAGCGGCGACGAGCUGGUUGCCGCUGUGUGGCCAUACCGGCGGCUCGCUCUGCUGCGGCGCCUCACCGUGCUGCCGUUCGCGGGGCUGCUGUACCCAGCGUGGCUGGGCGCUGCGGCCGCCGGUUGCUGGGGCUGGGGCAGUAGCUGGGCUCAGAUCCCCGAAGCCGCGCUGCUUGUGCUCGCCACUAUCUGCCUCGCGCACGCGCUCACCGUUCUCUCGGGGCAUUGGUCCGUGCACGCGCACUGCGCGCUCACCUGCACCCCGGAAUACAACCCUAGCAAAGCGACCUUCGUAAAGGUGGUACCGACCCCCAACAAUGGCUCCACCGAGCUCGUGGCCCUGCAUCGUGAUGAGGGUGAAGAUGGGCUUGAGGUGCUGUCCUUCGAAUUCCAAAAGAUCAAGUAUUCCUAUGAUGCCCUUGAGAAAAAGCAAUUUCUCCCUGUGGCCUUUCCCGUGGGAAACACCUUCUCAUAUUACCAGAGCAACAGAGGGUUCCAGGAAGACACAGAGAUCCGAGCAGCUGAGAAGAAAUUUGGGAGCAACAAGGCUGAGAUGGUGGUGCCUGACUUCUCUGAGCUUUUCAAGGAGAGAGCCACAGCCCCUUUCUUCGUGUUUCAGGUGUUCUGUGUGGGGCUGUGGUGUCUGGAUGAGUACUGGUACUACAGUGUCUUCACACUCUCCAUGCUGGUGGCUUUUGAGGCCUCCUUGGUGCAGCAACAGAUGCGGAACAUGUCAGAGAUCCGGAAGAUGGGCAACAAACCCCACAUGAUUCAGGUCUACCGAAGCCGCAAGUGGAGGCCCAUUGCCAGUGAUGAGAUUGUUCCUGGGGACAUUGUCUCCAUUGGCCGCUCCCCCCAGGAAAACCUAGUGCCCUGUGAUGUGCUGCUGCUGCGGGGUCGCUGCAUUGUGGAUGAAGCCAUGCUCACAGGGGAGUCGGUGCCACAAAUGAAGGAGCCAAUUGAAGACCUUAACCCAGACCGGGUACUGGACCUCCAGGCUGACUCCCGACUCCAUGUCAUCUUUGGGGGCACCAAGGUGGUACAACACAUCCCCCCACAGAAGGCCACCACAGGCCUAAAGCCGGUUGACAAUGGGUGUGUGGCCUAUGUCCUGCGUACUGGAUUCAACACUUCCCAGGGCAAGCUUCUGCGCACAAUUCUCUUUGGGGUCAAGAGGGUGACUGCAAACAACCUGGAGACCUUCAUUUUCAUCCUUUUCCUCCUGGUCUUUGCCAUUGCAGCGGCUGCCUAUGUGUGGAUUGAAGGCACCAAGGACCCAAGCCGGAACCGCUACAAGCUGUUUCUGGAGUGCACCUUGAUCCUCACCUCGGUUGUGCCCCCCGAGCUGCCCAUCGAGCUGUCCCUAGCUGUCAACACCUCCCUUAUUGCCCUGGCCAAGCUCUACAUGUACUGCACCGAGCCCUUCCGGAUCCCCUUUGCGGGCAAGGUCGAGGUGUGCUGCUUUGACAAGACAGGAACCUUGACCAGUGACAGCUUAGUGGUGCGUGGUGUGGCUGGGCUCAGAGACGGGAAGGAGGUGACCCCAGUGUCCAGCAUCCCUGUGGAAACACAUCGGGCCCUGGCCUCAUGCCACUCCCUUAUGCAGCUUGAUGAUGGCACCCUUGUGGGUGACCCCCUUGAGAAGGCCAUGCUCACAGCUGUGGACUGGACACUAACCAAAGAUGAGAAAGUAUUCCCCCGAAGUAUUAAAACUCAGGGGCUGAAAAUUCACCAGCGCUUUCAUUUUGCCAGUGCCCUAAAGCGAAUGUCCGUGCUCGCCUCCUAUGAGAAGCUCGGCUCCACUGACCUCUGCUACAUCGCGGCUGUGAAGGGGGCCCCCGAAACCCUGCACUCCAUGUUUUCCCAGUGCCCGCCUGACUACCACCACAUUCACACUGAGAUCUCACGAGAAGGAGCCCGCGUCCUCGCACUGGGGUACAAGGAGCUAGGGCACCUCACCCACCAGCAGGCCCGGGAGGUCAAGCGUGAGGCACUGGAGUGCAGCCUCAAGUUUGUUGGUUUCAUCGUGGUAUCCUGCCCUCUCAAGGCUGACUCCAAGGCUGUCAUUCGAGAGAUUCAGAAUGCAUCACACCGGGUGGUCAUGAUCACAGGCGACAACCCACUCACUGCCUGCCACGUGGCCCAGGAGUUGCACUUCAUUGAAAAGGCCCACACGCUCAUCCUGCAACCUCCCUCAGAGAAAGGCCAAAUGUGCGAGUGGCGUUCCAUUGACGGCAGCAUCGUGCUGCCCCUGACCCCGGGCUCCCCAAAGGCACUGACCCUGGAGCAUGCACUGUGCCUCACAGGCGACGGCCUGGCGCACCUGCAGGCCACCGACCCCCAGCAACUGCUUCACCUCAUCCCCCAUGUACAGGUGUUUGCCCGUGUGGCCCCCAAACAGAAGGAAUUUGUCAUCACCAGCCUGAAGGAGCUGGGCUAUGUGACCCUCAUGUGUGGGGAUGGCACUAACGACGUUGGCGCCCUGAAGCACGCCGAUGUGGGUGUAGCACUCCUGGCCAAUGCCCCCGAACGGGUCGUUGAACGGCGACGGCGGCCCCGGGACAGCCCAGUUCUGAACAACAGUGGUAUCAGGACCACCUCCAGGACGGCCAAGCAGAGGUCAGGGCUUCUGCCCCCUGAAGAACCACCAGCUUCACAAAGGGACCGCCUAAGCCAGGUGCUGCGGGACCUCGAGGAUGAAAGUACGCCUAUUGUGAAGUUGGGGGAUGCCAGCAUCGCGGCACCCUUCACCUCUAAGCUCUCGUCCAUCCAAUGCAUCUGCCAUGUGAUCAAGCAAGGCCGGUGCACAUUGGUGACCACACUGCAGAUGUUCAAGAUUCUGGCACUCAAUGCUCUCAUCCUGGCCUAUAGCCAAAGUGUGCUGUAUCUUGAGGGUGUCAAGUUCAGCGACUUCCAGGCCACACUGCAGGGGCUGCUACUGGCUGGCUGCUUCCUCUUCAUCUCUCGUUCAAAGCCCCUCAAGACUCUGUCCCGAGAGCGACCCCUGCCCAAUAUCUUCAACCUCUACACAAUCCUCACGGUCAUGCUCCAGUUCUUUGUGCACUUCCUGAGCCUUGUCUACCUGUACAGUGAGGCCCAGGCCCGGAGCCCUGGGAAGCGGGAGCAGUUCGUAGACCUAUACAAGGAGUUUGAACCAAGCCUAGUCAACAGCACUGUGUACAUCAUGGCCAUGGCCAUGCAAAUGGCCACCUUUGCCAUCAACUAUAAGGGCCCACCCUUCAUGGAAAGCCUGCCUGAGAACAAGCCCCUGGUAUGGAGCCUGGCCGUAUCACUCCUGGCUAUUGUUGGCCUGCUCCUGGGCUCCUCACCUGACUUCAACAGCCAGUUUGGUCUUGUGGACAUCCCUGUGGAGUUCAAGCUCGUCAUCGCCCAGGUCCUGCUUCUGGAUUUCUGCCUGGCGCUCCUGGCUGACCGUGUCCUACAGUUCUUCCUGGGGACCCCGAAGCUGAAAGUGCCUUCCUGAGAUGGCGGUGCUGGUACCCACCGUCUACCCUGGUUGCCACCAGGUGGGAGCCCUGCCAGGGCCCCAGAAGAAAACAGUGUCCCCCACCCCUACCCCCAUGGUGAGGCUUCCUGACCUCACCCUUGGAAGACUGAGCUGGGGCCCCCACAGCCUUCUGCUGGCCUGGCUAGUGGAACCAGCCCCUUUGUUAAAUAAAGCAGCAUCCAGGAUUUUAAGAA